GGGCUGAGACUCUUGUCACGGAUCACGGAGAGACCCAGAGAGCGAGAGCGCGCGCGAGGAAAGACGCGCUUGCGAAACUGUGAAAGCCGCGGAAAGUCUGCAGGUUUUUUUUUUUUGUCUCUCUCUCUCUCUCUCUCUCUCUCUCUCUCUCGGCGUGGGUGACUCGAAAGCGAGGAGGCGGAGGAGGAGGGAAAUCCGUCGCUCGUUUCCUCCUUUUCCAGCCUCGAACUUAUAUAAACCAUGUCGUUUUUAAGAGCCCGAAACAGCGCGAGACGCAACAGAGUCAUCGCUUUUAAAAACGCAAAGGAUUUAUGCGCGCGCGCUUUUGUUUAUUACUGCCAUAAACUUUUGGGACUAACAGCAGCAUCAACAACAGCAACCUCAUCACCAUCAUCACCAUCACCAUCAUCACCACCAUCAUCACCAUCACCACCAUCACCAUCAUUAUUAUCAUCUGCUAGGUUUUUCUUUUCGCUUUUCCCUCAACAAUGUCGUCUACAGACGUGGAGAGCCUCCAGCCCGCCGCCCGGCAGCGCAGCAGGUGCUUGGACGGCUUCCUGCUCGGCUCCGUUAUCACGCUGUUCGUCAUGGUGCUGUGCGGAGCCGCGCUCGGGGUCUGGGUCGUUAGAGACCUGCGCGCGGAGAUGAAGCACGUGCCCCACAUGCCCGCGGGCGUCCCGAGCGCCCUGAAUCAAGAGCGUCCACCUCACAUCGGCGCGUCCUACAAGGUGGAAAAUUUUGCCUACCUUACCGCCAUCACCAGUAAGCUGGAAAACAAGACUAUGCAGUGGGCGCCAAUCAAGUACGGAAACACCAGCACCGUAGGCUCAAGCUACAGCUAUGACUCAAACGGAGCACUGAGGGUGCUGAAGGAUGGGACCUACUUCCUGUACACCCAGCUGAACCUGACAUGCGUUGGUCCUUGUGAUGAUGGAUCCCUCACCGUCACCUUCGAGGACGAUCUGAAAAACGUGCAGCUGUCCUGCACACUUCCCCUUCGCAAGGCGCAUCGUAGCCCUACAGCGGAAAAGUGUUGGACUGUGAUCCCUCGUCUUUCAGGCAAACACCGACUGCUGGCCAGGAUGCACACCACAGUGUCAGCACAAAGAUGGAGUCUCGAUCUUAACUACUCCGGAUUUGGCAUGUUCCUGGUGGACGGGUCCUAGACAGAGUAGACGAUGGGACAGACAUUUUCAGCAUCAAAGAGACACUGAGUUUGAGCCUUACGUAUGUAACUGUAUGCUAUCACAGGGUGCUGACUCAAACCAUGCUUGAAGAGACCACAAGGGUCCUCAUUUUUGCACUUUUAGAAAUGCGCUGAUGUUAAACAUACUUCUAUAUUGCGAUGGCGUCUUAUUAGCACGAUACUGUACCUUUUUUGACGGAUCUCAUAUCUGAAAAACAGAAUUAUGGGAUUUCCUUUACAGAGGACCUUCAAAUUCAUCCAAUUAUGGACAUUUCUAACCCAAAGCUGUAAAAGUACUGAUGAUUUGAAGCUUCCACAAUAACAGUAUUAUGCAUCCUGGAUAUCGCGGUAUAUUGUACAAUCAAUGCUGCUUACUCAGGAAGAACUUUCACGAAGCACUAUUUAUAAUUUUUAUAUUAUCAUAAUCUAUUUAUAUACUGUUUGUACAUAUGUAUUUUUAUUGUUUAGAUAUUUAUGUUAUUUGUUGCAAAACUGUUGUACUGUAAGACAGUGGGUAAUUUUUACUGUUACACAGUAGCUGAAGAGUAGACGUCACUACAGACUACAGCCACAAAGGUGGCUAAUGGCAGGCACAAAGCGCUAGUCACAACUUACUAAGUGCCUUGAAAUAGGAGCACAGGCGUCCUGUAUGUGUCUCCAUCACAACGUGGCGAAAAGUAAUGUCUCUCUGACAGAGACCGUGGAGGUGAUUGUUAAAUUAUAUUCAGGAAUGUAAUGCUAAUAUGUAGAAAAUAAAAGGGACUUUACUGUA